GCACAACGAAAUUCCCCAAUAUCCGUUUAUUACGGAAGCUAAAGAAACUUUCUGGGAAAUUACUCAAACGUUGACCUUAGUUAAUUGCACACAAGUCAAAUUAGCGAUCAAUCUGGUAAAUUCAGAAAACCGAAACAUAGUCGAGUACUGA